UGGACUUGAUGAUCUCAGAGGUCCCUUCCAACCCAGCUGAUUCUAUGAUUCUAUGAUUUCUUUUCCUUUGGGGGUAAUAUGAAAGCCAGACUGCAGAGGCUGCUAGAGAUUGUGUAGGCUAUAAGGAGUGUUCUCUGCAGCAAUGAGUUCACACACUGUGAACCUCGUUCAGCAGGAAUGAUUUUUUUUUUUUAAUGUUAGGGUAUUGCAUUGCAGGAAAUGUAAGUCCAGUUGAUCUGUGUACACUGAUGAAGCGUUUCUGUUCCAGGUCUGUCUCUGAAGAUCUGGGUUGCAGACGUGGAGACUUUAGCAGAAAGCAUUAUGGAUCUGUGGAGCUCCUUAUAUCUAGUGAUGCUGAUGGAGCCAUUCAAAGAGCUGGGCGGUUCCGUGUGGAAAACGGCUCCUCUGAUGAGAAUACAGACUACACACCGGGUACAUGGCACAGAACAGAUGUGCAUUUGGAAAACCCAGAGUAUCAUACAAGAUGGUAUUUCAAAUAUUUUUUAGGGAAAGUUCAUCAGAAUUAUAUAGGUACAGAUGCAGAGAAGAACCCUUUCUUUCUGUCUGUUGUACUGUCUGACCAAAAUAAUCAGCGCAUUCCUCAAUAUCAUUCAAUACUUUGGAGAAAAACAGGUACUCAGAAAAUAUGUCUCCCUUAUAGUCCCACAAAAACAUUAUCAGUGAAAUCUAUAUUAAGUGCUAUGAGUCUUGAUAAAUUUGAGAAGAGCCCAAGGGAAAUUUUUCAUCCUGAGAUACAAAAGGAUUUAUUGGUUCUUGAAGAGCAAGAGGGAUCUGUGAAUUUUAAAUUUGGAGUCCUUUAUGCUAAGGAUGGUCAGCUAACAGAUGAUGAAAUGUUCAGUAAUGAAACUGGAAGUGAAAGCUUUCAAAGAUUUUUGCAUCUCUUGGGUGACACAGUUACUUUGAAAGGCUGGACAGGCUAUAGAGGAGGACUGGACACUAAAAAUGAUACAACAGGAACCUGUUCCAUCUAUACAAUUUUUCAAGGGCACGAAAUUAUGUUCCAUGUUUCAACUAUGCUACCAUAUUCUAGAGAGAACAAGCAGCAGGUAGAAAGGAAGCGACAUAUUGGAAAUGACAUUGUCACUAUAGUAUUUCAGGAAGGUGAAGAGUCUUCUGCAGCAUUCAAGCCAUCCAUGAUUCGCUCUCAUUUUACACAUAUUUUUGCUUUAGUGAGAUACAAUAAGCAGAAUGAUAGUUACAGGCUGAAAAUAUUUUCAGAAGAAAGUGUUCCUCUCUUUGGGCCUCCCCUUCCGUCCCCACCUGUGUUUACAAAUCACCAGGAAUUCAGGGAUUUUGUGUUGGUGAAACUAAUAAAUGGGGAAAAAGCCACCUUGGAAACACCAACGUUUUCUCAGAAACGUCAACGCACUCUAGACAUGCUGAUCCGCUCUUUAUACCAAGACAUGAUGCCUGAUCUACACAGGGUAAAUAACAUGCUCAAUAGAAGGUCCUUCAGUGAUGUGUUACCAGAGUCCCCAAAAUCAACACGGAAGAAAGAGGAAGCUCGACAAGCAGAGUUUGUUCGGCUCGGUCAGGCACUGAAAUUGAAAACCACUAUGAAAGGGGAUACCACAGCUAACUUGGCAACCACAAGCUUUUGUAAAAAGGAGCCUUGGGAAUCUCAAUCUUUCUGCAGUAAUUUUCCUCAUGAGGUUGUCUGUGCAGAUUCUUGGGGCCAGUCCUUGCUGGUUUCUACAGAUGCUGGCAUCUUGUUAAUAGAUGAUGGUCAACCGUCAGUGCAAGUAUUUGAUAAAACUCUCCAGAUAAAGCAGAUGCAUGUUUUGGAAGCUCUGGAUCUUUUGAUUGCCCGAACAGACAAAGGGAAGGACUCUCGUCUCCUCGUCUUCAGACUCAGUGCUGUCCAAAAAGAUAUAGAGACAAAGCAAAUUAUAAGAAGCAAAUACGACUGCAGAGAAAAUAAACUAGAGAGAACAAAAGGCUGCCAUUUGUAUGCCAUAAAUACUCACCACGGAAGUGAACUGAGGAUUGUUGUGGCUAUUCGAAACAAACUACUUCUUGUCACAAAGAAAUAUAAUCCACACCACAGUUUAACCAGCAGCUCUGUGCUCUCAUCACCUGAAUCUCCAGUAGAGGAGUUCCAGUACAUCCGGGAAAUAUGCCUUUCUGACCCUCCAGUGGUUAUGACGCUGGUGGAUGGACCUACUGGAGAGAGUGACAAUAUGAUCUGUGUAGCGUAUCGGCACCAGUUUGACUUAGUCAAUGAGAGCACGGGGGAGUCCUACAGACUGCAUCAUGUUGAAACAAAUAAAGUUAAUUUUGUUGCGGCUAUUGAUGUAUAUGAAGAUGGCGAAGCUGGUCUACUGUUGUGUUAUAACUAUGUUUGCCAAUACAGAAAGGUAUAUCCUUUCAGUGGAGGUUCUCCGCUGAUCCAGCCAUCAGCUUAUGACUUCCACUUCAGCUGGAAUCAAGUUCCUUAUGCUGUUGUCUGUGCUUUCCCUUAUAUCCUUGCUUUCACUACUGAUUCCAUUGAGAUCCGAUUAGUGGUGAAUGGGAACUUAGUCCACACAGCAGUUGUGCCUGAGCUUCAACUUGUAGCAUCAAGGUCAGACAUUUAUUUUAAAGCAACUGCUGCAGUAAGUGGAUCAUCAGACAGCAGCUCUAAGGAAAUGAGUUCAAAGAGUUGUCCUCAAACACCGACAGCUUACGAAAAGCCAGAAUGUCCUCUUUCUUCUCUAGAAGGUGAAGUUCCAUGCAGAAACCUGUACAAAAUUCCUCUCAGCAAUCUGGUUGGGCGAAGCAUUGAACGACCUCUGAAGUCACCUUUGGCUCCCAAGGUCAUCGCUACUACAACAUCCAGUGGCAUUGCCUCACUUCCAGUUACACACUCACUGUCCUUAUCUCGUAUGGAAAUUAAAGAAAUUGCAAGCAGAACACGUAAAGAAUUGCUGGGCCUUUUGGAUGAGCCUAUACCCAAGACAGAAAGCGCACAGAAGCACAAAAAGGUUCCUCGAAGACAGUCAGACCCCAAGCAGGGAGCAGUAAGAUCGACUAGUAGUGACAGGAUAAUCUCAAGCUCUUUUGAAAGCUAUUCUGAAAGACGUCAUCUUUCCACUAGUUCAGAUCCUGAUACUUUAGCACACAGGGAGGGGAGCUCACCAUCUAGCUAUCCAUUUCAGCUGAUUUCUUUAUAUGAUGAAGACAUCAUUGACUUGAAAUGAAGACAGUCAUAAAACCUUUGUUCCUUACUUCACAUUUUCUUACAACUCUGUGAGCUCUAUGGGAAUGUCACAAACACUGCUUCUGGUGGUAAAAUGCAGCUGGAAGUACUGGUGAUAAAUCUUUAUAGAACCCAUGUUGUUCUGGCUAGCACAGCCUGAUUUGGUGAUGCUUAUAUCUUUGACAUAGGUAUGUUUUCUCAGUUAACGAACCAUUACUUUUUGUGGCAUUCUAACAAGUAGGUAAUCAAUGAUAGAUUUAGGCUGAAACUGAAGUAAAUGAGAAGUAUUACUUGUUCUGAGCUUCUUAUACUUUGAAGUACCUGAAUGAUAGGCAGGAAAGUUAAUUGCUGUUGUGACUAUCAUGAGUUGUUUUACAACAGUGUAUGCCAUGUAAAAAGAGGAAUUUUAUAAUAUAAAUCAAUGCUUUUGGUUUUUCAGUCUUAAACAAAACAACAACAAAAAAAAAGAGGCUUGCAGGCAAGGUCAUUUCAAACAAUGCAGUCAGUCUUUGAAAUGAUGCAGCUCUGGUAUGUUCACUGAAUAAUCAGGUAAGAUAUGAAGAUACUGCUUUCUUUGCUUUGGCUUGUCCAUGCACAUUGUUUAGAGAAACUUGAAAACUGUUUUGGCAUUAAGAAUCCUUGAGCAGAGAAACUUUUUAUAGAAAACACAAGCUUUCAAACUAUUUCUUAAGAAUUGGAAGUAAAAAACCCCUAAAAACCCCACAAACAAACAAGCAUAAAAACCCCAAAUCAAAACCCCAAUCCAUCUACUGGAAAAUUUUUAUUGUAGUGCAUCUGCAGAUUUUUCCAUUACAGGCAGAAGAGCCAACCCCGAUUGUUUUGACUACACAAAGAUUCCUGUGCAGGCAUCAGUGUUAGCUGAUGUCUGCACUAGCACCAACAGUGUAAGUCAUUGUUCCAGACAGUUGUAUUUUUCUAACUGGAUGGAGACUGAAAUUUCACUGAUAAUAAGCUAGUUUUCUAUGAUGAAAUAGUCAUCUUGGCUUUUAUGUUUUAUAUUGGUUUUAUAUUGAAAAGUUGAUUUCUUUUUUUUUUUUAACCCUUUCCUCUAGAACCCCUUUGCAAGGGGUUUGUUUUGCUUGGUUUUGGUUUUUUUCAUGAAAGCAUAAAGCUUCCAACCUUUUUAUACAUGAAGUUUUUAGCUUUAUUAGCAAGUAUUUCUUGUUAUUUAUGUAGAAAUACUCCCGUAUCCUUGAUUUUAUUUCACAGUACCAUUCACAUGUCAUGAUUUCACUUUCUGUUCAAGUAUGGUCAUCUGGAGAUGUGUGCCUUUUUCUGCCGUCUGUCUGAAUGUAAAACUGCUUUUGCAAAGUACUUUUUUCUCAGUUUAUUGUAUAUAAUGGCUGAACUGCUCCACCUAAGAAAAUAUCUAAGGCCUUAUCUGGAAGCAUCAUUUCUUACUCUCAACUGGAGUGGCUAAUCAAGAGAAGAAGCAAUAUUUUCAACAGUAAUUAGUCUAGGAGCAAAAGGCUAUUAUUAUUUCAGUGGGUUUUGCACUCAUAGAUAUGUGGGGUGAGCCUUAAUAAGCAUCUAAAAGGAAGUACCAGAGCAAAGUCUUUGCAAGAGCUUGUAAUUCUUUUUUGAGAAUGUUAUUUCCAGAGACUGUAUUAAUUUACCCUAUCCUUAUUUAUGUGGGCAGCUAAGGUUUAAAAAAUCAAUCUGAAAGUAUCACGUGGUGCUUAUUCUCCCGGAAGCUGUAAACACUUCUGUACUGAAUCCACUUCCAGGGACACUGCUAGCACUUAGGUAUUUUCAGAAAGCAAAAGAACCACAUUUUCCCAAUAAAAUUUCUCAACGUAGUAUUUAA